AUGGCGUACGCAGCGAUGAAGCCGACUAAGCCGGGGUUGGAGGAGCCCCAAGAGCUGGAACACAGAAUUCGCAUUACUCUCUCUUCCAAAAAUGUGAAGAAUCUCGAGAAAGUAUGUGCUGACUUGAUACGGGGGGCCAAGGACAAAAGGCUUCGCGUCAAGGGACCGGUGAGAAUUCCGACUAAGGUUCUUCAUAUUACUACUAGGAAAGCUCCCUGUGGUGAAGGUACAAAUACGUGGGACAGAUUUGAGCUUAGGAUUCACAAGCGAGUGAUUGAUCUUUUCAGUUCCCCAGAGGUUGUGAAGCAGAUAACUUCAAUCACCAUUGAACCUGGUGUGGAGGUUGAGGUCACCAUAGCGGAUGCUUAG